AUGUGUCUGAGCGAUCCGAGUGAUCGUGCAUCCAGCAGCCCCGAUGCGCUUCCCCCACCAUCUGUGCUGCGACACAUAGUCGACGUCCAUUGCCACCCCACCGACACCAUCACGUCCUCCGAGGUCAUCUCCGAGCUCCCCAUCCGCAUCUGCGCUAUGGCGACAAGGCAGAGCGACCAGCGCCUCGUCGCGGAUCUGGCUACCGCGCACCCUGACAAGGUCACCCCGUGCUUCGGGUAUCAUCCAUGGUUCACCCACUGGAUCUCGCUAGAGCCCGCGCCUUCAAAACGCGCACACUACGCGUCGCUCUUCCUCGACGCGUCUCCGAAAACUGAGCACCUGGCAGCAUUCGAGCGUCUCCUCCCAGAGCUCCCGGAGCCGAUGCCGCUCGCCUCGGCUCUCACCGAGCUCCGCGCUAACCUGACUGCCUUCCCCAGCGCCAUGCUCGGCGAAGUCGGCGUCGACCGUGCAUGCCGCAUCCCCUUCGUCCCGCCCGCGGACCCGCCCUACCCCGCCGGCCCAGACGGGGACGGCAUGGCGCGGGAGCUCUCGCCGUUCACGACGCCGCUGGCGCACCAGCUAUCGGUCCUCGAGGCCCAGCUCGCGGUCGCGGUCGAGCUCCGGCGCAACGUGAGCGUGCACAGCGUCAAGUGCCAGCAGGCAACCGUCGAGCUCCUGCGCCGCAUGCGCGCGCGCCACGGCGACGCGUGGGUGCACGUCUCUGUUGACAUGCACAGCUGCGGGCUCAGCGCGCAGACGUGGGCGGACAUCCAGAAGGAGCACCCGAAUGUGUUUCUCUCACUCUCUACUGCGAUUAAUGGGCGCUCCCCUGCGCACAGAGCGCUCAUCUCCGCGUGCGCGUCACACCGCAUCCUCGUCGAGUCCGACUUCCACGACGUGCGGCACUCGACCGCGUACACCGUUCGCAUGUUGCGUACCGUCGCGGAGGUGAAGGGCUGGACGGUCGAGGAUGCAUGGAAUGAUGGUCUGGAUGGCGUCGGGGAUGAAGAUCGGUGGGGCGCUGUGCGGCGCCUGGAGGCCAAUUGGCGGCGAUUUGAGAAGGGCGGCCAUCAGCCGAACCGGAAAAAACCCCGCAGGAAGUUAUUAUUGGAGGACUGGGAGAGUGACGAGGAGGACCGUGUGCCAUGA